GAAGCGACUGAGGCGGCCUUGGUGACGCGUCCCGGCAAGCCCGAUGCCCCUGCCGGGACCAUGAAACUCACCCGCAAGGCGGUGCUGUCCCGGGCGAAGGCCACAGAGCUGGGCAGCGUCCGCAAGCUGAAUUGCUGGGGUAGCCGCCUAACAGAUAUCUCAAUCUGCCAUGAGCUUCCCAAUGUUGAAGUGAUCACUUUCAGUGUGAAUAACAUCUCUGACCUUGAGCCAGUGAGCCAGUGCCAGCAUUUAACUGAAUUGUAUCUAAGGAAGAACCGGAUUGCAAGCCUUGCUGAGCUAUUCCACUUGAAAAAACUACCCCACUUGAGGAUCCUCUGGCUGUCUGAAAAUCCCUGCUGUGGCCCAGACCUUCAUCGUUAUCGCAUGACUGUGCUGCGUAACCUUCCCAACCUCCAGAAACUUGACAACCAGUUGGUGACAGAGGAAGAAUUGUCCCAUGCACUUCUGGAAGGGGAAGAGAUAACAGCGCCCCCAGCCAAAUUAGACCUGGAUAACUGCUGCCAAAACACCACCAUGGAGUCCAGUGUGACAGACUCUACAGCAGAGAGUGAAAAUGACCUCAUGAACUUCAGUUUGGAGGAGACAAACAAAAUCCGUCAGCAACUUGGUAUGAAGCCUGUUCCAAGAGAUAAGUUUUCCUCCUUCUCACCAAGGGAAGUGGAUGGGAAUCGAAAGAAUCGGAACAUCUUGAAUGCCAUCCUGCUGCUUUUGGAAGAGCUGGAUUUGGAAGGCCUAGAAGUCGUCUAUCAGACAUCUGGGAACAAACUGCAGGCCUUGCAGAAGAAGGAGCUUCAUGAGGAGCGAUAGCGAAUGCCAGGCAGUGUAACUGUUAUCAGACUUGCAUCACCAGCUCUCACUGAAUGCGCUUUGCGUUGCUGAGCAGGGUGUUGGGGUGUGCUGUCAUGCAUGGGAAGAAACAACAUGCAUCCCCGUGUGCUUCACGUGUGAGGACCCUGCUCUACAAUGAGACUUCACCUGUUGUCACAACUCACAUGCUUGUAUCUGUGCAUCCUCUACUCAGUGUUCCACAAAGGCUCUCCAUCAAGAGAGCAAACAAGCAUACCCAGAACUGUGGAAGGUCGUUUUUACAUGGAAAGGGGAAAGCUGUUGUGCCCUCUGUGUCCAAGAUGUGCCUCCAGCUAGAAGAAUUGCUCCUAGUCUCACUCUGUUAAGAAUAAGCCUGGACUGUAGUGAUUCUGCUAGCGUGAUGUUCUUCCCUUGUAUUGCACUGCUGUGCUGGUGCAAGAAUGAAUUUGAUACCUUCCUCCUCUUACAAUGAGGAGCCUUUGACAAUAACUUGGCCACUGAAGGCCAGAGGUUCACAGAAGAGUCCUUACAAAAUCAUUGAACUUUUAAAUUGAGCAACAAAGACUUCAAAUUCAGUGGUACCCUUCUAGUCUCUCCCUAU